AUGCGCACACAGCGCUUAAAGGCGCUGGCGGAUCGCCUGGCAGAGACAGACUAUGACGUGAUUGCACUGCAAGAGAUCUGGGUCGAGUCCGAAGACUGGCGGUACAUGCGCAAAGUCUGUGCGAGCAACUAUGCACACGGCACCUUUUUCCUGACGGGCGCGUUUGGAUCCGGCCUCGCGAUUCUGUCCAAGCACCCGAUCGUGGACACGAUCACGCACAUGUACACGUUGACCGGUCGACCGAUCUUUGUGCACCAUGGCGACUGGAUAGCGGGGAAGGCCUGUGGGUGUGCGACAAUCACGCAUCCGGAGCUGGGCCUCGUGGAUAUUUGGAAUACACAUUUUACCGCCGUCGGAGGUCAGGUGGGGCCGGAAACGCAGAGGGCUUUUCGCACGAGCGAGGCCUUUGAGCUCGCCGAGCUGUGUCGCGCCAGCGCCGAGCGUGGGCGCCACGUAUUCUGUGUUGGCGACUUGAACUCGCUGCCCGAGUCGCUGUGCAUGUCGCUUCUCUACGGCCUGGCUGGCCUGCAGGACUCGUUCGCAGCGGUGACGCAGCGCGACCCCGAAUCGCCAGAUGCAGGGAUCACCUGCGACAGCCCGCGGAAUACAUGGACGGCCCACAAGACACUCGACGAGCGCGCGCUGCGCCACAACGGCAAGCGCCUCGACUAUAUCCUCUUUCGUGGACCGACGCAAGAGAAGAAUCAGCUGCAGUGCACGGAGCACCAGGUCGUGUUCACCGAGCCGAUCCUCGCCUAUGGCGUCUCGUACUCGGACCACUUUGGCGUCGAGGCGAUGUUUGCUACCAAAGGGUCCGAAGCAGCGCCCACCAAAGACGCGGCCGCCGACGUGCUGGGCCGCGCCCUCCCGGUGCUCCGCGAUGCGCUCGUGCAUGCGUACGCGUCGCAGCGCGUGAGCCUGCGUUGGUUCGUGGGGCUGCUUGGCAUCGCCGUGGCACUGGUCGCUGCCAAUGUGUGCUCCAGUGCAUGGCUCGUGCACGGACGGAGUGUAGCGCCGUCGCUGAUCACGGCGCUGCUUUUGAUUCCCACCACCUGGGCAGGAACUACGGCACUGUACGACGGUAUUGUGUGGGGUGAAUGGCAUAAGCGUAUGUUGUCUAUCUGA